ACCACGCGACCCGUCCAACCAAGUCUUCAUCUCAUCCAACGCUCUGGAGAAGCACAUCGCCCAUCCGACGACCUCCGAGCCUCACCUAGAACCCACUCGCAUUCCCACUCCCACCCCGGCGCCCGCCCGCGCUUCCCCCAGCCCACAGAGAACCAUGGCAGAGGAGGCAGAGGUCGAGAUGGAGACCGCCGCCGGCGCCGUGCCGGUCCCCUUCCAGCUUCAACUAGACAAGUCCAUCCCCUUCCAGAUCAAUAUCGCGGAGUGGAACCCGGAGAAAGAUCUGCUUGCCAUGGUCACCGAGGACUCCAAGGUCGUAUUGCAUCGUUUCAACUGGCAGAGGCUUUGGAUGAUCUCCCCAGGCAAGUGCAUUACGUCACUUUGUUGGCGUCCAGAUGGCAAAGUUAUUGCUCUUGGCCUUGAAGAUGGUUCCAUUCUACUUCAUGAUGUUGAGAAUGGGAAGUUAUUAAAGAGCAUUAAGUCACAUUCUGUGGCUGUCAUCUGUUUGAACUGGGAAGAAGAAGCACACAUUGUAAAGGGUGAGAUAGAUAGUGCUUUUGUUUAUGAAGAUCGUACUAGGCGUUUCUUCCCUCCUGCUCCAAGAGUUCCUCGGAUGCCUGGACUGAAUGCUGGAGAUGCUGGUUUUAUGGAUGACCUUGAAGAUACCUUUCAUGAGUUAUCCACUUCUCCAAGGCAACAUUUUAACAUGCUGUCUAGCGGAGAUAAAGAUGGUUGCAUUUGCUUCAGUAUUUUUGGAAUUUUUCCAAUAGGAAAAAUUAACAUUCACAAGCUGUCUCUUUGUGCUCCAUUUCUAGACAAGACAGUAACAUUCCAGCUUCUAAAUGCUUCUAUACACCAGUUGGCAUUAUCAAAAGAUCUGUCUCAGCUAGUUGUUCUGAGCUUUGGGGAGCUCGAGGAAAACCUUGUGAAGCCAAAAGGCAAGAAGUUUUCACAUACUGGGGAUUCUUCAGUUGGAUUGCAUUGUCUUCUUCUUAAUACAUCUAUAUUUCUUGACAGAAAAAAUGAGCUUCAGCAGGUGGCCCAACAAGCUUCAAGUAUUGAAGAUUUAGUUGAGGUUGUUCGUGCUUCCCUGUCAGUUAUGUCCAAGCAAUGGUCUGAAGCCAUGCAUUCAUUUCAUGAGAAAUUUGACCCUCUGUCUUCUUUGAUUGUCAGUCAUGGUAGCUUGCCGAUACGAUUAUAUGAAGUUGAUAAAUCAUUAAUUACUUGUGUAGCCAAGUUCUUGUUUCACUGCUCUUCUUUAAUAAGUUCAGAAAAUGCAUCUCCAGGCCUGGAUUCCAAUCCUCAAGAUGAGUUUCUUAGUGUCCUAUUUGGGGCGAGGACAAGUCCACCACUUCAUCAGUUUCUAGUCAAUUCACUUGGUGAAGCGGGUCUGAAGCGUGUCUGCAAGGCUGUUGAUACCGCAGGAAAGGAGCUACAUUCUGUCAUUCAUGAACAUCUUCAGCCUGCUGUAGAGAUUAUCGGAUUUAGAAUUGCGGAACUAAGAGGCCUUUCAAGAUGGCGUGCAAGGUAUCACAUUAUUGGAUUGGAUGAAAAACUUAUUGAUAGUGCAACAGAGAAGGCUGGAAUGUUGCUUGUGCAUGUUGAACGGUUUUUGAGGAUCCUAGCAAUUGUGUUGUAUCAGUUCCAAAAUUUUUUCAAUUGGGUUUUGAGAUAUAUAAAGAUACUAAUGUCUGAACCGAUUGAUCAAAUACAACCAGCAAACAGUGAACUUAUUGUUGUGUUCUUGAAGUUUCUGCUUGAUCAUGAUCCCAUUGGAGAGUUACUGGAAGUAAAUAAAAUAAUUGAGGUUGAUGUAGACACUAUGCAGCGAAUUGAACAACUUGUAAUGUUUGGAGGAUAUUCAGAUACUAAUUACUUGGAGAAAACCUUAUCAGAUGAAUUUAAUCAGCUGGAGCAAUGCUUAAAGGAGGCUUUCCUACUUCAGUUCACCACUAUCUCGCAGAAGAUUCAUUGUGAAGAUUUGAUGCCACUGUAUAAGGUUGGAUAUACACCUGAAGUUUCAUCAUCGGAUGCCCCUACAUCAAUAUUCUACUACAAGGGUGACCAUGGUGCUACUUCAGAAGUGUGUACAGAUGGUGAUAGCCAUGUAGACUAUAUAUGCUUUAAAGUACCUGAUGAAUCACUUGAGUUGACAAACUGUAUUGGCAUCAUAAGGGGUUUUGCAAAUGGACUGGAUCCUGUUCAGAAGAGAGUAACUUCUCCUGAAGCUAUUUUAUUAUGUAUACCAGAUGCAUUUCAGUGCAUUGAUCUAUCUUUGUAUAAGGAAAACCAAAUUGUUCUUUUACUUAAUGAAUCAACCUCCACAUCUGAAAGUACAAUGAGAUCUUUGGUAAUGAUGGUACAAAUUAGUGACUUUUGCUUUUUGCCUCUUUCAAGACGAACACCAGCCAACCUCUGGACAUUGCAAAUCUUGAAGGUAUGUGUUACGAAGCUUCUGCUGUUGACAUGCACCUGGAAAUUGGAAAAGUUCGUUAUAUUUCAGAACCUGUAACUAGCCCGCUGGCUGUCAGUGCUUCCAGGGGACUUGCGUGUGUUUUUACAUCAAGAAGGCAUGCCAUGGUGUAUAUUCUUGAUGAAGAUGAGGAUGAGACUUCCGACAUCGAUUGAGUCAACAUGGAUAGGAAAUUGUUUACUAGAUUGUCAUUAAUUUGUCGUCCCAAUUGUUUGCUGUUGACUGAUCCUGGAAAUUUUAACAUCAGAUGCGGAGAACUGGAGGAUUUUGUAA